GCCUCCGCCCUCCCCUCUCCCUUGAUAGACGCCACGAAAUGGUGAGAAGGGCGAUAGGUGUGCCUCCGAGGCCGAGCCGGGAUGUAAACUUUAUAAAUGAUUGGAUAAGAUGAAGAAAGCGACUCCCCCACAGCGCUCAGCAUAGUUUCCCUGGCUCAGGCUGACAGUAGCUGCGCGCUCGCUCCGCCCGCCCGCCCGCUCGCACUCUGCACCCGCCUGGAGCCAGCGCUGCCUGCCCGGCUCCGGCUCCGGCUCCGGCUCCGGCUCCGGCUGCGCUUGGCUCCAGGUCAUCGCUAGCCAGCCGAAUCCAGCCCCACACCAUGCCGCCGCCGCAGCAGCAGCCGGCUCCCGUCGCCGCCCUCAGUACUGUCCUGCUGCUUCUCUUGCUGGCCACCGACUCCUCUCAGACGGUGCUGCUGCGGGCCCGGGAAGCAGCCCAGUUCCUGCGGUCGAGACAGCGCCGAGCCUACCAGAUCUUCGAAGAGACCAAGCAAGGCCAUCUAGAGAGAGAAUGCAUAGAAGAGCUGUGCAACAAGGAGGAAGCCCGAGAAGUGUUCGAAAACGACCCUGAGACUGAAUAUUUUUACCCAAGAUACUUAGAAUGCAUUGCAAAAUAUGGUUCCCCCUACUCCAGAAAUGAAAAUUUCAUUUCAUGUGUUCGUGAUUUGCCAGACCAGUGUACGCCAUAUCCCUGUGAGAGAAAGGGAACGAUAAAUUGUCAAGAUCUGAUGGGGACUUUCUACUGCCAAUGUAAAGCUGGCUGGAGCGGAAGAAUUUGUGACCAAGAUAUCAAUGAAUGUAGCCACCAGAAUGGAGGCUGCAAUCAAAUCUGCUACAACCAGGUUGGUGGCUUCUCCUGUGCAUGUUACAGUGGCUACAAGCUCCUCCCCAACAAUAAAACCUGUGAAGACAUAGAUGAAUGUGUGGAUGCAAGUACCUGCGGAGAAGCUCGAUGUAAGAACUUGCUGGGCUCCUAUUCAUGCAUUUGCGAAGAAGGCUACAUGUAUGAUAACGAGAAAAAAGUUUGCCAAGAUGUGAAUGAAUGUGAAGAAAAACUCUGUGAACAGACCUGUGUCAAUUCUCCUGGGAGUUACGCUUGUCACUGUGAUGGCAGAGGGGGAGUAAAACUGUCCCAUGACAUGAACACUUGCGAGGACAUAUUGCCAUGUAUUUCUUUUGACAUGGCCAAAAGCGUGAAAUCUUUGUAUCUUGGCCGAAUGUCCAACGGGGCCCCAGUGAUCAGGCUCCGUUUCAAAAGGCUGCAGCCCACAAGAGUUGUGGCUGAAUUCGACUUUAGAACCUUUGAUCCUGAAGGUGUCAUUUUCUUUGCCGGAGGCCGUCAAGACAACACCUGGAUCGUGUUGGCUCUACGGGCUGGGAGGUUGGAACUGCAACUGAAAUACAACGGCAUAGGGAGAGUCACCAGCAGUGGGCCAGUCAUUAACCAUGGCAUGUGGCAAACAAUUUCCGUUGAGGAGGUGGAGAGAAAUCUUGUGAUCAAGGUUAACAGUGAUGCUGUUAUGAAAAUAGCAGUCUCUGGGGAACUUUUUCAGUUGUACCGAGGACUGUAUCAGCUGAACCUAACAGUGGGAGGCAUUCCUUUUAAAGAUAAAUACCUCGUUCACCCGAUAAACCCUCGUCUGGAUGGUUGCAUGAGGAGCUGGAACUGGCUGGAUGGGGACGAUACCACAAUCCAAGAUAUAGUCAAAACGAAUAGCAGAAUGCAGUGUUUCUCAGUGAUGUCAAGAGGAUCCUUCUACCCUGGCAAUGGAUUUGCAUAUUUUAGUCUAAAUUACACUCAACCAUCUGCUGGAGAUGAAACACAGAGAACCUGGGGAAUAGAAAUAACUGCUGAGAUCCGCCCUGCCACCGAUACAGGGGUUCUGCUGGCCCUGGUUAGUGAAGAAAAAACUGUCCCUCUCUCCUUGGCCCUAGUGGACUACCAUUCCACAAAAAAACUCAAAAAACAGUUGGUUGUCCUGGCAAUAGAACAUGUGUCCAUGACCUUCAUGGAAAUCAAAGUGUGUGAUGGUCAGGAUCACUUAGUGGAAGUUCGCAUAAAGGAAGGCGAGAUAGCCCUGACCGUGGAUGGGACGAAGGGACAGAUGGAAGUGAGCUCUUCCCAACUGGAGGAAAGACUGUCUGCCUUGAAAAAAUACCUGCAGAGUCCCUUAAAGACAUAUGCUGGUGGAUUGCCAGAUGUUCCUGUGAUGUCAGCUCCAGUCACUGCGUUCUACCAUGGCUGCAUGACCCUGAUGGUCAACCAGAAAAGAUUGGAUUUAGACGAGGCCAUGUAUAAACACGGUGACAUCACAUCACAUUCUUGUCCUCCAACUGAGCAAGCUGGUCAGUAGGCUCCUCGGAAACAGUCUACACACUUUAUAACCAAAAACUUUUCAUGCUUUUCUUUUACAAAAAAAAAGUAUAAAUUAUUCCGUCUCCCUAUGCUGUAUAGUUUCUCUAAAAAACACUGAAGUUCAGUAGGAGCUACUGAUCCUUACGAUCGAUCGUUGAAAUCUUCUUUGGCCCUGUGGUCAAACCUUUGUAAUAUAUUUGUAAAUAGCUGAAAAGACUAAUAUUAAUGAUCUGAAACCACAUGCAAAAACUCCAAAAGCUUUUCAUGAAAUGAAUGUUGAGUCUUGAGGGAACAGAGAGGCCUGGAAACAUAUCAACAUAGACUUGAAGAAAAUAAUAGUUCUCUAUUAUUUUUAUUACCAAAUACUUCUUUCUGAUUUAUGAAAUAUGAAAGAAUAAAAUAUUUACGGAAAACUUUUUAACUCCA